AUGCCGGAGAUGGAUGAUCAACAUAAAAACCGGGAAAUCACCAGUAUUCGGGGCGAAAUUGUUGUGACGUUGUUACUGUUUGUUCAUGUCACUCAAGAGCUCGAUGUUAGUAAACAACGAAUUGAUGCGGAUUUCCCACUGGCUCCUGGGCGUCUCUACACCUACUUCUUCAAGGAUGUUCUGCCGGACGAAGAGGGAUCGGUCCGUGUACGCGUGCAUCUUUACGAUCAGAACAACAGAGAAUUUGUUUGCCUCGAAACGUCUGUUACACUACCAACCGGCGUGGUAAGCCUUCUGCUCACUAGACGAAACAUACGUAGUCUAGCUAAUUGGUCUUCCCAGAGUAAUGCCAACUCAAGCAAGCCAUCGGUGAGAAAACCUGCAGUACCGUGCGAAAAUGCCUUUGAUGAUAACAGGGGUCGAUUCACGCUGCGGUCGCCCACGAAAUAUUCGAUUUUGACGGGUCUGAACACAUUGAACGUUAGAGAAACCUCAUCCUGUAGGUAA